GUUUGUAUAUAGUUUUUCGUAGAUAAGAAUGGAAUUUCCGUCGGCCGAAACAAACUGGCUGCAGAACUACUGAGCAAUCCAACAAAUGAUUUUAUAAAAUCGACCGUCAAGUUAUUGUAAAAAGCCUUUUCACCUCACUAAUAAGUAAUACGCUAUUUAUACAAGUAUAUAAAUAGUUACAUUGUUUCAUUGAUUUCUAAGAGAUGAGAAGAAAAAAUUAUAAUUUUUGUUGAAUCGCCGUACAAACACCGACGGGAAGGUCUAUCUUGCCAUUUUACUGUCCGAACAGUAGAUGGCAGCAUUUGCAAAGUCUGUCACCUCCAUAAAUGAACACUCGGUAGAAAUAAAUUUGUGUAAUAAGUCUGACAGUGUACCAUAAAUGUAUUCACGUAUAUUCGCCCUUACACCCUCCACUGUUAGCAAUGAGCAAUAUAUAGGGCCUAUGUGUUUCAUACGCGUGAAUAUACCUAUAACAUUAAGAGAUAUUAUAAUUUGACCGUCUCACCGGGAUCAAUAAUAUAUAGCAAGAGGUAAUUCCGUUAAAAAUGUCAUGUACUUCUUGAGGGGUGCAACCCAUGAGCCUAAAUUAUAGGGAAGUGGGGUAUGAAGGGGUGGUAACCUCCACCAAACCCCCCAAUAAUCAAAACCGGCCAAUACAACCCCCGUUAAAUGAGUGGAGACCUCAACUCCCCAAUACCCAACACAAAGUUAUUUUUGCAGUAGCCUAUAAUGUGAUCGUUGGGAUACAAUAGAAUGGUACAGGGAUAGGCAGCCCUGAUCCGGGAGUGCCGCUAUCCGGCAGGUUUUCUAUCCUCCCUCGUCUCUGAUGAGCCACACCUGAUCUCAGGUAGAUGGUAACUCAUCGGGUAGGACAGAAAACCUGCCGGAUAUCGGGACUCCAGGAUUAGGGUUGCAAGCCCUUAAAAUAUCAGAUAAUCGAUGGUGUUCUAAGCAAAUCAAGCCAAAUUGUUUAUAAAGCAUUAUGGAUACUUCACAGCCUGAUGCGUUUUAGCGGAGCACGAUUAAACCAACUGCUCCGAGGGGGACGGCGUUUCCAACAUACCGGCUUUUUGAACUUUAAAAGUUAAACAUUUGAAAAAGGAAUCAAAAAACGGUUAACCUCUCUGGGGAGCGACCCUUUGCUGAAAGCCCUCUGCUGCUCUGUUGAACAUUUAAAUUACUCUUUAAGUGUUUGUGUCUGUGCACCAUUUUCCAUGUUCCAUGCCACCUUCAAAUUGAAGACUGGCUAAACACUGUCAUAUUGCGGAGGAAAUCUGUUCGCCUCCUGCACCACGUUGGUUUCUCCACUUGGACCGGUAAUCAGGUUUGCGAAGUCCUGGCAUCAUUUGCAGCCAAGUACUUUACAGAAAACCGCACAAUAUAACCUGAAAUCAGCAUUAAGUGUGUCUCGGUGGUCCAAGGUAUCUGGAAGUGCAGUUACAAUAUCGCCUGGGUUUUAAUUUCUUUAAUUAGGUUCCGAGUCUAUGAUUUUAAUGUUUUUAACCACCGUGUCCGAAUGUUCAAAUAGAGAAGCCGGGACUAGCAGGCUGGUUUUGCAUCCACUUCUGAAACGGAAUUAUUUUGCCAUAUCGCAGCACCAAAACAGUUAUUUUUUUAACCAGAUUGCAUAUGCAUUGCGAUAGGCGAUGAUGCGCUCUUUGGGUUUGACCCAAUAUCCGUCUGGUCGUGCGGGAGCCUGCACUCGCCUACCGACACCAGUACCUACCCUUUACUUUAUAUAUCAUGAUAUAAACGUAUGUAGACCUGUUUGUGCGGAACCUGAGCACGUUACAUUUUUUAUCGUAUUGAUUUAAAAUCUUGUUUUGCAACCAUCCGCCAUCUUCUUUUUGUCUUUUACCCUAAAGCUAGCACUAUAUGGCGUGAAAAGCACGUACAUGGCGAGCCUGUUGGCAAUUUUCAUUAUGCUUCAAAAGAGGGUCAGGAAAACAUCUUUUCAGAUUAAAACAUCUUUUACUGACAGCGCUGCGAAGCGAUCAGCGAGCGGAGCCGGGCCGAGAGGCGGGCAGCCUCAGUCGGAGUAGCGCCAGGGGAGGACAAAAGCCCCGUUGUGCCCAGAUCGCAGAAAACCCAGGGACCCGAGAAACCUACGCAAAACCUGUGGCUCUUCCUAAGGAGUGUGCAACUAAAGAGAGGAAACAAAGAUGAAAAUAUCUCUGGUUGCUGCUAUUUUAUUUGUUGCACUUUUGACCGGCGAUGCUACGCCAUCAAACCGAUUGUCCUGCUACAAAAAAGUGCUGAAGAACCGGGACUGUCAUAAUAUCGCCAACGGGAUCGAUAUGCUGCGACCCAUCGACUCCCUUCAGAACCACUUCUGGGAAGGAAGCAAAUGCGACGUGGUCUGUUUCUGCAACUUCAGUGAGCUGUUGUGCUGCCCCAGAGAUGUUUUCUUCGGACCGAAGAUCUCCUUUGUCAUCCCAUGCAAAAACGCUUGAAGGCAGAUUUCCUGCAGACGAGCGGCAGCUUGAGACGCGCUGCAGGCGAGGAGCGGGACGAACCGGUCUUUCUCCUUCUUCUGAACACUCGUGAUCUCCCCCGUUGUAACUUGUAAAACAGUAUAAAUGCGCAAUAUGCGAUUUAAAUACAUUGGAGCUGAUGACUAUGCAGUGUAAUAAUGAUUACGGUGUACAUGACUUAAGUCUCAACGUUUCCCGAGUUGAGGUCUUAAGCGCUUGAAUUCCGUGAAUACCACACUACGAGCAGACCGUUCCAUCUGUCGAAGCUGACGUUUAUUUUCAUAACCCCCAGUAGAAACACCUUAUCGAAAGAAAAUGAACUCUACCAUUGUUGUAAUACGUCUUAAAAACAGAGUAUGAGUAUUGUACACACACACUCGAAAUACACGUGAUAAUUUAUAUAAUCAAGUUCCUUUAAAACAUUUACUCAUGUAAAUUCAGAUUAAAAACAUAUUAUUCAAAUAAGUAUCGAAA